AUGGCCGGGUUCCGUCGUGUCACAGAUCGCAAACCAUCUCCGGCAGUGGAGCACCGGUUUGACAAAAUAACCAGAAUGUGCGACCCGGCAGUUGCCCGCCGCGCGGUGGGUUUCACUUCUGGGCUCCAACCAAACGGAACCUUCUGUACACAACAGUAUGAACCUGUACUCCAUCUCGGAGGCUACCGUUAUCUUGAGAUCCACGCCUGGAGCUCGGCGAUCUCAUUCUUGUCCCGCCAGGAGCAUUUUGCAUAUUCGGGACUCACCGGCGCAACCCUGGUAGUUCUUAGCCAAUCUCCUGCAAGUUCGGGUGCGGCGACUCGUGCUCGUGCCAAUGCUUGCUGCGACCCCUGA